AUGAAUACCCUGUUCGAGCAGUUUGCGCAGGCUCAUGCCUUGCGAAACGGCUACAAGCUAGCUCAAACUUUAUCUCCUGUUCCUCCACCAGAUGACCCUCAACGGCUGAUGGCUGUAUGGCGUAGUACGAAUUCUCACAGCGUCAAGGGUGAUAUCAAGCACUUCAUCAAAUCAAACACUUCCCAUCGACAGAAGUUGGACCAUGAUGAGGUGACGGGCUGGGUGGAUGUCUACCAGUCCUACUGGAAGGCAAUUGGUGAAAUUUUGGCUGGGGAAAGUGGCAAGUCUACAUGGACAAAAGUGUACGAGGCUUGGAAGGAACUGACCUCUGUGCUUAUUCGCGGAUACAACUCGCACGGAUUCGAAGCGUGGACGAUCCCAUCUCUCUAUAUGGUGGGCAAGUACCUGCGACUGUUCGCCAUCAAAUCUGACGAGGAACGCCAAACUCAAUCUCUGAGUGGUGCCCCUGGCGCCUCAUUGAUGGAUGAUGACUUCGAUCCUCAAACCGAAGGGCAGCUCCAACUACGAGACUGCGAGGGCCACCUCAAGCGAAUCUUUUCCCUGUGUCUAAACGACAGAGCCCCAUUAGAAGAAUCCAGGAAAUGGGGAAUUUACUUCGUCAUCAACCUCCUCUUCAAAACUUACUUCAAGCUUAACUCGGCAUCGUUAUCAAGGACCAUCAUCAAGACCUUGUCUGUGUACAACGACAAGGGAGACAUGCCGGCCCUCGAAAUGUUCCCAAAGUCUCAACGAGUGACAUUCAAAUUUUACGAGGGCGUCUUGCGUUUCCUAGAAGAGGACUACCUUGCGGCGGAAUCCCACCUCAACGAGGCAUGGAACUUAUGCCACAGAGAUGCCAUCACCCAAUCUGAACGAAUCCUGACCUACCUCAUCCCUUGCCGCCUUAUCACCAGCCAUGUCCUCCCCACCAAGACUCUCUUGGAAAACUACCCCCGACUACAGGAACUCUUCCUCCCGCUGGCCCGAUGCAUCAAAUCCGGAAACCUGAAGGAAUUUGACGAAGCCCUGAAAAGUGGCGAAGACGAAUUCGUCAAGCGGCGCAUCUACCUGACGCUCGAGCGGGGUAGAGAUAUCGCCUUGCGUAACCUGCUGCGUAAGGUCUUUAUCGCCGGGGGCUACGAUGAGCCAAAAGAGAGCGACACGGCUCCUGUGCGCCGUACUCGCAUCCCGGUGACUGAAUUUCAGGCGGCCAUUAGCAUGAGCAGCGGCCAGAUGAUCGAGGGUGACGAGGUUGAGUGCCUACUGGCCAACAUGAUUUACAAGGAAUUGAUGAAAGGUUAUAUCGCUAGGGAGCGAGGCAUUGUGGUUCUGUCCAAGAAGGGUGCUUUUCCCGGCACAGGAGUGUGA